AUGGCGAAGCAAGUUCAUAUUCCAGAGGGCCACAGUGUGGUCAAACGCUUACAAAGUGAAUUAGUACAACUAAUGAUGUCACCCACGCCAGGAUUAAGUGCAUUCCCCAAUAACGAAGAUGAUCUUAGAGAUUGGUCAGGAAUGAUCGUAGGGCCCGAGGGAACACCUUACGAAUCAUUAAAAUUUAAAAUUUCAUUGCAUUUCCCUGAUAGUUACCCUUAUGUUCCACCAAAGGUUAAAUUUAUUUCACCAAUGUGGCAUCCAAAUGUUGACAUGAGUGGUAAUAUAUGCUUAGACAUUUUAAAAGACCAGUGGUCAGCAGUUUAUAACGUACAGACAAUUUUACUCUCUUUACAAUCUCUAUUUGAAGAACCUAAUAAUAGUUCACCAUUAAAUGCGGUAGCGGCAGAAUUAUGGGACAAAGACAUGGUUGAAUAUAAAAAAAGACUACUUAGUCGAUAUGAAGAACCAGAAGAAUGA